AUGACCAAGAACAAUAUCUAUCAGUAUUCCGUUCUAGGUGCUCUCUUGGACGGCAUCUGUCAAACAGGCCCUUUGCUCCAAAAGGCCCUGGUUCAUGGCGAUCAUGGCCUCGGCACUGUCCCCGGCUUAAACGGAGAAGUGAUUAUAGUGGACGGCAACGCCUACCACUUCCCUCCAGGGGAAAAGAUUCGAACAGUCCAAAGCUCCCACGCUCUCCCUUUUGUGAUGAUGACUCGGUUUGAGCCAACAUUCCAAAAGACCUUUCGGUCUCUAAGCAUGAAUUCGCUACCUGAGGCAUUGAAUCCUUUGCUGCCCUCUCGGCAGAACUGCUUUCUGUCAAUUCGCCUCCAUGGAAUCUUGAAAGAUAUCAAUUUUCGGGUGAUAGCAGGACAAUGCAGACCCCGAGAGCCUCUUUCGGAGUUGGCCAAAAGACAGGAACUCGUGAGCCUGGAGGAUAUCGAGGGCACACUAUUUGGCUUCUGGUCUCCAGCUUUCAGUGGAGGAUUCAGUGUCGCAGGCUUUCACUUGCACUUUUUGUCCAAGGACAGAACUAGAGGCGGUCAUGUUACAGGGUUUACUGGGGAAGUCAGCCUCCAAGCGGCUGUCAUUGACAAGUAUACAGUUGAGCUGCCUCACAACGAAGAUUUCAACCAGGAGAUCAUCCAUGGUGGAAGGGAAGCUGAGCUUCAUGCUGCAGAGGGAGGUUAA